GGCGGCCGAGCGGAGCGGCUCCGCGAGUUGGGGCAGCUCCUGCGCUCGGCCCUGCGCGGCGGCGGCGGCCAGAGCUCCGCCCGGGCGCCGGCUUCCCACGGCGGCGCCGGGAGCGCGCGGGGGGCUGAGGGCGCAGACCGACCUCCGCGGAGCCGCGGGCUUGGGGCGAGCGCGCUGGAGACGGCCGGGCGUCCCGCGCCCCGGCACCAUGCGCCCCGCCGCGCCUCCUCUUCCUCGCCGGCUCCGGGCUCCCCGCUCCGCCCGCUGAGUCCCCACGCUCUCCACCCCGGAAACUCGCCAAGAGCAGCGCGGAGACUGACCCAGCCGUCCCCUCCGCCCCCCAGAGGCUGCGGAUCCCUGUGUCUUGGGCUUCUCUAAGCUUUCCCAUGGACCUGGCGCCGGCUUGGCUUUAGGACAAAUUCGGAAGCCGGAGGGGGGAGUCAAGGCAAUUCUUUGGUUGCUAAGAGUGAGUGAAGACAUCCAGGAUGGCUCAGGGAUCCGGGGAGCCAAGAGCAGUGACAACUGCUGACCCAGAGGACAGUUCUCCAAACAUGAUAGUCUACCGCAAAAUUGAAGACAUCAUUACAAAGAUGCAAGAUGACAAGACAGGGGGCGUGCCCAUCAGAACAGUCAAGAGCUUUCUCUCCAAAAUCCCCAGUGUUGUCACAGGUACUGACAUUGUGCAGUGGCUGAUGAAGAACCUGUCCAUUGAAGACCCAGUUGAAGCAAUACACUUGGGAAGCCUGAUAGCUGCCCAGGGCUAUGUCUUUCCCAUCUCGGACCAUGUUCUCUCCAUGAAGGACGAUGGCACCUUUUAUCGGUUCCAGGCUCCAUACUUCUGGCCAUCGAACUGCUGGGAACCUGAAAACACUGAUUAUGCCAUCUAUCUUUGUAAGAGGACAAUGCAGAAUAAAGCAAGGCUGGAAUUGGCAGAUUAUGAAUCAGAAAACUUGGCAAGACUCCAGAGGGCCUUUGCAAGGAAGUGGGAAUUCAUCUUUAUGCAAGCAGAAGCGCAAGUAAAGAUUGACCGGAAAAAGGACAAGACAGAAAGGAAAAUCUUGGAUAGUCAAGAGCGGGCCUUCUGGGAUGUCCACAGGCCAGUGCCAGGCUGUGUGAACACCACAGAAAUGGAUAUCAGAAAAUGUCGGCGUUUGAAGAACCCGCAAAAGGUUAAAAAGUCGGUGUACGGCGUGACAGAAGAGUCCCAGUCCCAGAGCCCUGUGCACAUCCCCAGCCAGCCAGUCCGGAAAACGACAAAAGAGGACAUCCGGAAACAGAUAACAUUUUUGAACGCACAGAUUGACAGGCAUUGUUUAAAAAUGUCCAAAGUGGCUGAAAGCUUAAUUGCUUACACGGAACAGUAUGUGGAAUACGAUCCUAUGAUAACACCAGCCGAGCCGUCCAAUCCCUGGAUCAGUGAUGAUGUCACUUUAUGGGACAUAGAGAUGAGCAAAGAGCCCAGCCAGCAGCGAGUAAAGAGAUGGGGCUUCUCUUUCGAUGAGAUGUUGAAGGACCAGGUGGGACGGGACCAGUUUCUACGCUUCCUGGAGUCGGAAUUCAGUUCAGAAAACCUCAGGUUCUGGCUGGCUGUCCAAGACCUCAAGAAACAACCCCUACAGGAUGUGGCCAAGAGGGUGGAAGAGAUCUGGCAAGAGUUUCUGUCUCCCGGGGCCCCAAGUGCAAUCAACCUGGAUUCUCACAGCUAUGAGAUUACCAGUCAAAACGUCAAAGAUGGAGGGAGAUACACAUAUGAAGAUGCCCAGGAGCACAUCUACAAGCUGAUGAAGAGUGACAGCUACGCCCGCUUCCUCCGGUCAAAUGCUUACCAGGACUUGCUGCUGGCCAAGAAGAAGCCAGAAAGUGAGCAAGGUCGUAGAACUUCCUUAGAAAAGUUCACUCGCAGUGUGUGCUGCUGGCGCAGAGUCAGAAUGGCCGCUGCGUUUCACCCCCGAGGCGGCUUCCUUCCAGCAGCGGGGAAAGUCGCUGGCGGGCAAGCGCCUCACCGGCCUGAUGCAGUCCUCCUGACGGUUCCCGCCACAGGGCCCGGGCCCGAGGACCACGGGGGCAGGAGGCGGCGCUCCACAUCCACGGACAGAGUGUCCUUGCGGGGAGACUUGGUCACUGUGACAGAGAGCGAGGGCCAUGAAGGGCGGCCACGGGGAGACGUGGUGGGGGAACAGGAGGACCUGAGAGAAAGUUCACAGAACCUGGGGUUGGCCCGGUAGAGGCCCCUGUUUACAACCCUCCAUCCUUGUACAGCUGUGCGCGACACCCCUCUCUCUAGGAGGCCCUUGUCCCUCACUCGUUCAGGGGAGACCUUUCUUAUGGGGUGUGGUGACUGUCACUUGAGAUAUAUUCUUCUAUCGUCACUCGUCCCUUUGCCUGGGGAUCAUGCCAUCCGGCCGAGGCAAGAAGAACCAGCUGGCCCUGCCCACACCCUGUGUUACGUACCGUCCCCAUUGUCUCUCUGGUGCACCCACAGCACCCAACACAGCUGUAGCCACUGCAUCCCCACCGCCUCCCGCCUCCCCCGUCUUUGUGGCCACCCACUCUCAUGCCACACGUCCCAGUCACGUCGUCAGCACGGAGCAGGCCCCGGAGGCCACCUUCUGGAGAGGCGCCCGCAGGCACACUGGCCACCUUUGGGUCCUGGAGGCCGUCCCGCGGGUCCAGUGCCAGAAGCACCAGCACAGGUGGAAAAGCGUGCGGCUUAACAGAUUCUGACCAUCUCUUUAAACAUGUGUGGUUUCAUAAUUUAUGGUUUUCGCCCAUUUUCCUUGGUUUCUUCCCUCGUGUUUUACUCAAAAUAAACAUGGCCAUGGACUCAGGGGCCCUUGGGAUCCUCCCGGCAGCAGCCCCAGUGGAAACUGGGAGAGCUCCCAGCAGGGGUGCUGCUGGGUCACAGGGAUUGUGGCUUCCUGGUGGGCGUGGCCAGGCUCCUGCCGGGCUGGGCUCAGUGCUGUGUGAAGCUGGAUGGGACUUGGCUGCAGAGGGACUGGACCAGGGCCAGUAAUCCUCUGACAGCCCACAGAGGCACCCAUGAAACAACGCCGGUCAUCGGUCAUCGAGGGGAAAAGCCAGCAGAAUGCAACACCUGUGAAAACCUGCAAGAGAUCCGUAGGUAUUCCCUCCUUGUGUGCGUCAAAAUGCUCAUCUGCCCACUUGGCUGCGAGGUAAUGUAUGUAGAGCGCUGGGUCAGGUGCCUGACACAUAGUAGGUGCUUAGCCAACGGUAGCUAUUGCUCUCAUCGUUGUCAAUAUCAUGGGACUGCCAUGGGCCUAGGAACAGAGCAGUAUUAAGCAAUGUAUUUUUUAACGCGCACACUCACUCCCCCACCUGCUGUGACCAUCCUCCUUUGAUCUAUUUUUGGCCAUACGUGGGAAAUCUCCUUCGGGAGUUAUAAACAGCAAACAUAGAAGCAAAAAAAAGCGGUCACUGGUAUUUCUUUACUCCUGUAGGCAAAUUCACCAGCUGGUGGUCACAGGCAUGUGAGCUUGUUUGCAGCCCCUGCCUCCUGGAGGCUCCCAUAACCAUCUUUCUGACCCCCACCGCUACCCCCCUCCCAGCUAUGUCAAAUGUCUGUUUCUACCCAGCCCUGUCCCAAGGGUACCAGCCUUCACAGUGGGGCCACCAUGGGCAUUAGAAGUCUUGGUUGGAGUUAUACCCUGUGGGUUCUUGACCACCAUGCCUCAAUUUCCCCCACUGGCAGUAGUUGCUCUCUCUUCGAGGUACAAACUAGAUGGCAUGUGUCGAGUCCUCAGAGUGUCUCCAAAGGUGGUGUUACAGACCCAGACUCCAUGACACCUCAGCACAGAGCUUGGCACUUGGCAGAUAAGAGAUAAUGACUAAAAGGAAGCCCUGUCCCAUGCCCCGGGGCCUUUUGAGCCCUCCUUUCCUUCUUUUUUUAAUCUUGCUUUUCACAUGGAGCCCAACUGCACCUUAAGUUCCUCUGUGCCCAACAUCACCCAAAGGAAAUUCCUCCCUAUCAAGGGCCCCCGGCUGUGCUGACACCAAGGCACAGGAUAUGUGGACAAAGGCAGUUCCAGAAUAGCAGGUGCCUCUGUGCCCUCCCUUAUCCAGGGCAAGGCCUGGUCCUCCUGCUUUUCCCCAGGGCUGCAGACAGGGCAGGGCUGAGGGCAGGGCAGGACUUCAGACAGGGCAGGGCUGGCUUCCCUGGCCCCUGGAUGGCUGUUUCUGAGUGAUACUGGCAUGAGACUUGGCCUACCCUCCCAAAGGGCCCGCCUAAAGCCAAGUGGACUCCAGCCUUGAGAUGGAGCAGGCUGGAAGCUUUUUAACACCUCCGGGGACAUCUAGAGGCAAAGGCCAGCCAGCAGGCUCAAUAGAGUUACGGGCACUUCAGAUGGAUUCACACCCAGAGCAAUACCCCUUCAUCCCACCUCCCAGCCAGGCAUACCCAGUCCUAUGACCACCACCAUGUGCUCCUAGUAGAUCAUGUCUAGUAAUAAAGGGUGGGAUGGAGUUGCUUUGCCCAAGUUGGCCAGUACAAGGUCAGUCUACUAUGCAGACCUUAGAAGAAGGGAACUACAGUUGGGAAAUCAGGUCUUGGCCAGCUUCUCAUUGGCUUGGUCUACACAGCCAAAAAUUCAGACCAGAUUAGACUUUUGAAGGCAGUUCUGCAACAAAGCAUGUUCCCCUGCCUCCCAAAGCUUCCUAGCUCCUCUGACUGGGCACAGUCUUUGGGCCGGGACCCUGCCCACUGAGUGCUCACCAACUCAUCAUGUUGACAGCUCCACAGCCAAAGCAUCAGGACAGCCUUCGAAGCAAACACCCAACCAUCAGGACAGACACUAGGCACUGGGAAAUACCUAUAAGGGAAGAGUAAUUGUAGGUUGGCAUAUGUAAAUGCCUGGCAGCAGUCAGAGCACCUGCCCUAUCCAGCAGGAACUCUCUGGAGUGGGAAGAGGGCUCCUGUCUUUCUAGAAAGUGAUGCUGUGAUCUGCUGGGAAGGUAUUGCUGUGACCCAGGAACACAGCAGGGCCCAGCCCACCAGUGCAGUCUGCUGGCCAAGCUCCAGGCCCACCUCCGCCAAGGUCAGGUACAGGCCAGCACCCAGGAGAGAAUGCUCACCACUCUGAGUAGCUUCUUGAACCAGUGAGCACCUGGGGACAUGCUCUGGCAGGAUGGCCGGUGUGUUCAAACUACCUCACCAAUGGGGCACUGACCCAGGAGCCUGCCACCCAGCGGGCCCUUGGUUGGCUGUGGAAGUUGGUGUGUUCCCUAAAGUGCACCCCUCCCGUUGUGCUCCAAAUGCAUGGACUUCGAAAGCCACCACUAGGAAGCCUUUCCAGGAGCUGGAAAGGGUUGAGGGCUGUUGGUGUUCAGGUCUGUACGAUGUAUUGGGGGAGGUGUUCCCGCAAAGUCCAGGAGGUGGGAAGCCCAGGGUGCAGGGAAUAAUGUGCCAUCAGCUUCCAAGGUGUUGGCCAAGUUGAGUCUGUAGCAAUGACCACGUGUGACACAGUACAAUAAUGGCCAAAUGAAUCCCUGAUAACUCACCAUGGGAUUCUCUGAAGAGAGGCCUGUGCUCAUGUAACCAUGGCAACAGCAAACGCCAGCAGCCUACUCUUAGUACCACCCGAUGAUAGGCAUUCCCUGGGCACAACUCAAGGCCCAUAAAGUAGCAAAGUAGCAAAUGUAGCAAUAAGAGGCCCAGGGCCGAAAAGGGACAGGGUCCACAUGACCCAGCCUCGGCCCUCUUCCCAACCCCGACAAGGACUCCGAGGCAGGAGCUGCCAGCUGUCUGGGAGAGAGGCCCUGCUCUGUGCCCAGGGCUCCUGGUCUGUCUUCUCUGCCCACUCACCGCAUGAUCACAGACACGUCGGAAUGGCCUUCUUGUAGUGCAUGUGGUUCUUAUUAGUUUAUUUUUCUGGAAUUUGGGGAUUGGACCCCAGAACCAAACAUGCUGGUACAAUCUAAAAAUAAAUUACUUGAACCCUCUAUA